UACGCUCAUUUGGCAGAGGGGAGGGGGUGCGGGGGGAGGCUGCGGCAUCCGACUGACUACAAGCGUCGACGAGGUGCACGCGCCAGGCGUCUCGUCGACGGUUCCGCAGAUCUGACGAGUCGGUGUGAUGUAGACCAGCUGCCCCCUUCCGAUCCGCACCCCCCACCAUGCCGGCGGGGAUGAAACCGCUGGAGAAGUUCCUUAAGAAGCAGACCAGUGCGCUGAGCCGCGCCGGUGGAUUGGACAAGGCCAGCGGGGGGAGCGCGGCAUCGCGGCGAAGGGCCAGUCUGUCACGGGUGGUUCCGUUCUUCAGGGAGCCGUCUCCAGAGGGGGGGCAAGCCCGGGAGGUGUUCAGUCCCGACAGUGAAGACCCUCCCCCCUGGCCCUCCGCUGCCGCUCCGGUCAACGGCUCGGCUUGCGGAGACGUCCGCAGUCCGUCUCUGUCCAGCGACGAGCAGAGUUCCGAGGCCAGCCUGGUCGCCGACGUCAUCGGGGGCGGGGUCACGCUUCACGCAGACACGCCCGAAAAUCUCACCCUAGCCCUGCUGGACAGCGUGACCGGAAGACGCUACGGACACUGCACGGAGACGUUGUUGGAUGACUUCAUGUUGACCCAUCCCAUCUUCCUGACGGCAGACACCUUCCAGCAAGUUCUACUGCAGCAAUUUUGUGUGCAUGGGAAGGGGCCAAGUGGUGAAAAUGAGGACGGAGGAGGGGGGGGGCUGGACGGAGAGGCGGAGGCCGUGCUGGAUGCCGUGCACAGGAAGCGAGCAGUACUGAGCGUAGCCUUUCGAUACCUCGACAUGUACCGAGAACUCCUGCAGGAGGAGGGUGACAAGUUUCCCAGGGAGUUGUACGUGUGUGCACUUCAGGAGCUGAGUCGUCAUCCUGAGCUGGUGGAUGAUGUGGUCAAACUGCAACGCUGGACCGAAAUUUUACACUGCCCUUGUGAUGAGGAGAAGGAGAGCAGAAGGAAGCAGGUGCGACCUCUCUUCAGACACUUUCGACGAAUUGAUGCCUGUCUGCAGCCCAGGGAGGCGUUCAGGGGCUCCGACGAAAUUUUCUGCAGGGUCUACACUCCUGAUCACUCCUACGUCACCAUCCGCAGUCGCCUGUCCUGCCGUGUGGGAGACAUCCUGGCUCUGGUCCGAGAAAAGCUGCAGUACAGCGAUGAGCAGCCGCUUCUUCCUGGAAACCUCAUCCUGGUGGCGGUCACAUCAGCCGGAGAAAAGGCGGUGUUUCGGCCCAGUGACGAGGCCGUCUUCACCACAUUGGGUGUCAACACUCACCUGUUCACCUGCGAACCCUCUGAGCUGGAGUCACUGCUUCCUCUUCCUGAGGAGAUCCACUGGACGCCUGGAGACAGCAAACUUCAUGACAUGUCAGCAGAGGAAGUGGCCAACCAGCUGGUGGCAUUUGACUGGGAGCUCUUCAGUUGCGUGCACGAGGUGGAGUUUGUGUGUUACGUGUUUCAUGGAGAGCAGUCCCGCUGGCGCCCCCUCAACCUAGAGCUGGUACUGCAGCGCUGCAGUGAGGUCCAACACUGGGUUGCCACCGAGAUCCUUCAGUGUCACUCCUUGCCCAAACGAGUUCAACUGCUCCGCAAAUUCAUCAAGAUUGCAGCGCUCUGUAAACAACAGCAGGACCUUCUGUCCUUUCUCGCUGUGCUGCUUGGCCUCGACAACCCCGCCCUCAGCAGACUGCGGCUCACCUGGGAGGGUCUUCCAGGAAAGUUCCGGAAACAGUUUCAACAGUUUGAAAGCAUUGCUGAUCCUUCCAGAAACCACAAGUCCUACAGAGACCUGAUCACCAGUCUGAGACCUCCACUGAUCCCCUUUACUCCUCUGCUGCUUAAAGAUUUGACUUUUCUUCAUGAGAGUUGUAAAUCUUUUCAUGGCCAGCUGGUCAAUUUUGACAAGAUGCACAAAGUGGCCGACAUGGUGCGAAACAUACGAAGAUACCGCAGCGGACAGCUGGCUGUGGAUACGGAGACGUCGCCAUCCCACCUGCAGACCAAAGCGUACGUGCGACAGCUGCAGGUGAUCGACAACCAGAACCUUCUUUUCGACCUGUCCUGCAAACUGGAGCCCAGAGACACGUAGAGAUGCCAGGACGUGUCCCACCUGCUCUUCCUCCCUCUUUGUCAAUCAACACGUGAAAAGCUUCUUCACUCGCAGCCAAUCAGGUGAAGCUCGGCAGCCAUCUUGUCUCCUUCUUGCUGACAGACGACAUGUAGGCAGUUUGACCUCCACCCAGCUGAUGAGGUGAGCCUUGUCAUGGAUGAUUUCUUAUCGUUUCAAAGGUCACGUCAGUAGGUUGACCUCUGACCUCAGGGACGCGUCUUUCCUGUUCAUGAAUGAGCAAACAGCCGAGAAGGCCUCUACCAAGGAACCAAACGUUUAGUCAUUUCGGUCUUGGAAAGUGAACUGUGAGACUCUGUGGGCGGAGCCUCGGAAAUAACAGGAGGCAACGCUCGUCUGGCGUCAACAAAGCACUUUGACGACGCUCAGGGCUCCGAGGUUUUGUUUACAUGUUGUUGUGUGACGAUUAUUAAGACUAGUAUUCCUACUAUUGCUAUUGUUAUCGUUGUUGUUGUCUUUGGAUCAUUUCAGCCAACAAAGACAAAGGAAUAUUUUUGACAAACAACAUAAAAUUGUCUAAUUGCAACACUAAAUGAUGUCAGCUAGCUGGGACCUGACAGCGCUAGUGCUGCAACCAGUCCUGGAUUAAAUUGAUUCAUUUGAUUCGAAAAAGCUUGGAUUUCUAUUCUGUUGCUUCAAUGAUUUGUUUUAUGAGUGUAACUAAUUAAAAAAAAAAAAGAUCAAAUCCGGACAGUGCGGAACUUAAAAAAACAUGGAAAUUGUUUCUCCAGUAGAGCUCACAUGAGAGCAGUGGCGUGGGUUCCGUGGUCUGUGUGGCGAUGGAGAGAGAUGGCUCAAAGGAAACGACAGAAGCUGUCAAGAGCUUGGGAUCAUUUCAAACUCAAAAAGACAGACGUGUUGCAAUGUCAAACGGAGAUAGUAUUCCACAACAGUACUAUAUCCAUACUGCAGCACAUUACCAGAAAGCACCCGAGCAAACAACCCGAAACAAGGUAAAAGUCUGCUUUGACAGCUAACGCCAUUUUAUAUGCUUGACUCCCAUAACUCAAACACAACACAUGGGAGCUUGUGAGAACAUGUUAGUGCAGGGGUGUCCAAACUUUUUCCAGCGAGGGCCGCAUAUUGAAAAAUGAAAGGAUGCAACUUUGCCACUUUGAUAUUUUGUAAGACAACACAUGUACAGUAGAUAUGCUCAGAAGUUCGAUAAAUUCCAAGAAAAAACUGCAUCUCACCUUAGUUGAAAAAAUUAUUAGUAUCAACUUCAGUUUUGUCUUUUUUUCCCCAUUUCUGCUGUUUGUUUUUUUUUACUACAAGGGUUAGAGUUAUACUAUAUGUAUAUAUAUUAUAUGUAUAUAUACAUAUAUACAGUAUAUGUAUGUAUGUAUAUAUAUAUAUAUGUAUGUGUGUGUAUAUAUGUAUGUAUAUAUAUGUGUAUGUAUAUAUAUAUAUAUAUAUA